GUUGUGACUGCCUGAGCAGAUUAGCAUGGCAGAGGUGGUGCGUGAAGAAAGCAUCAGAAUAGCAACAGAAUACAACGACAUGCCUGAAACUUCCUCCCCAGGGUCAACUACUGCAGCGCCUGUCUUCUCCAACAAAGGGCAGAGUUACUACAAGGGCCUCGCUGUGGCGUUUGGACUCCUGUGUCUCCUACAAGUCGGUCUCAAUGUUUCCCUUCGUAUAAGUGAGUAUUUUUGUUGCUGUUCGUUGUCUUUGAGGUCACUUUUGGAGAAAAGUCUCUGGAGAUCGAUUUUAAGGAGCGACUUCGUGUUGAGAAAUAAGGUCAUGAAAUGCAAGAUACAGAAAAAAAUGCACCUGAAAGUUAUAAAAAAGGUAAAAAUAUGUUGUUUUCAUUGAAAUUUCUGUAAACAAAUACAGUCGUUAAAAACAACUGAAAUUAUCCAAAAUGUAUAUUUUAAUAUAUCGGGAAUAACAUGAACAUUUGGGUCCAUGCAAUCCUUCAGAAAAGAAGGUAAAGUCUUUAUAAACGCGGACAGGAAGAGCUCGGUGUGUGUGGGGAGGAGGAAGCUGUGGCAAACCCUGAAAGCCCGUAAUGGGUUCUGACAAUUCUGGAAAGAUGGCCAACAUUGACUUCAAUCGUGCAAAUGAGACUGCAGUCAUGAAGAUGAAGCUCAAUGAAUUAGAUGAGUAUUUCCAACAAGGAUGGCUGUAUUUCCGAACCAGUCUCUACUACGUGUCACCAGUGAAGAAAUCCUGGUUUGACAGCAGAAGCUUCUGUGUUGAAAGAGGUGCAGAUCUGGUGGUCAUCAACAGCAAAAAAGAGCAGGAGUUCACAAAUAAAUUUGCCAAGAUCACAUGGAUUGGACUGAGUCAACGGGAGGACAAUGAGCAGUGGGUUUGGGUGGACGGGACUCCGCUGAACAGAAGCUUCUGGGCCCCUGGAGAGCCCAAUGACAGUGGAGAAAAUGGUGAAAACUGUACUGAAAUAAUGAAACAUUUUAUGCGAAGGAGCUGGAAUGAUGCUCCUUGUCAAGAAAACAACUUUUGGAUCUGUGAGAAGAAUAUACAUUUCCUGUAACAAAAUGUAUUUUUUUCCCUCAGUAGCAUCACGGUCUAUCUCACCUCAGUAGUCCACUAUAAUCUAUAGCAUUUUAUUUCUUUAUAUCAUCUGAGGGAAGAGAUGUUUUUGUGCAGCGAUGCAUUUUAUCAGAUUCUUUUUUUUGUUUUUAUUAGUGGCUUCUGGUCACGGUAUAAGAUGUGAUCGUCUUCUUUAGGAAUCAUGAAAUGAAUUUUGAGCAGAUAAUAAUUCCUAAGUUUAAGGAAUGAAGUGCUGAUGUUUGAGCCUUCUGCUGUUGUCCUGUAUUGUUGCAGCUUCAAUCCAAACAAUAUUUUACCAGAAGUUUCUGGAUCAGGAAACCAGUUUAUCACGUGCAUAUGGAGCCCUGGAAGUGACAUGCACGACUUUUUUUUUUUUUUUAUCCCGAAAUAACAUUUUUCUCGUGAUAAUUUUUAUCUCGAGAUAAUUCUUAUCUCGUCAUUACCGGAUUUUGUGAAUAAAUCUUGUCCUCCCACAAUCAGUCAGGACAAGUGCCAUGGACCGAGUGCGGUUGAUCAGCUUUUUUCUUCAUUUUGGUAUGACUCACACGGAGAGUCUAUAUGGCUUAGUCACAUUUGUUAUUAUUUUGAGCAGAAGGCACUUGAUCAUAGCGCUUAAAGCGCAGCGACCUAUUCUAUAUUCUGACUUGCAGACAGUGAUUGACAACGUUGACAAACAGUUACGAAGCCAUGGGAGACAUAGUGGUUACAGGAUGUUUACAAAUGCUUUGAGAGGCAGUUGCACGUGCUGACAUUUGUAAUUGUGUCUUGAGAUAAAAAUGAUCUCGAGAUAAUUGAUAUCUUGGGAUAAAAAAAUAUAAAGUCAUGCCUGUCAGAGCCAAAAAACUAAAAUAAACACAGGCAUGUCACCUCCAGAGCUCUGUAGACACACACCAAAGUGAAUGACAUUUUUGUAUGUACAUCACAAACCAUGUAUAUAACAUCUGCUGUUUCUGAUAAAUCUCUUCUACU